AGUGAUGAAAUUAAAAAACACACCGCCAUGUUUUAGUUUAAUGGUGUGGAAGUGGAAUGUUAUGUUGUUCUGCUCUUCAUUGCAAGAGCAAGUGAAUGAAGUGAAUGGAGAAGAGAAUUUCGAACAACAAAUAACUAAAGAGAUUGAAAAGAAUCAAAAGGUUUGACGUGACAAAGAAAGAUUGGGUCUGGCCAAAAAGUUUUAAUUUACGAGUGGGAUGUCAUUUACUAACCAGGAUACUCCAACGUCCAAUUACUGCCUUAAUUGAAGAGAUUCAAAGAGAUUUUUAACAGUUUAUUUUGCAGACGAGGGUUUAUUUACGAAACUCUCGUUCCAGUGUCAACAUAACCUUAAAAAGCUGUUGCUUUUUAGAAAAAAUGGGUAAUAUGUGCAAUGAUUGUAUGGCUCGCGUGCCUUACGCGACCCUUAUAGCCACAAUUAUGUGCUGUUUGGGUGUCGGAAUAUUUUGUGGCACAAUGUACAGAGGUGCUACGCUUUCAUCUCUGAUGAUGGACCAGGUUUUCAAUUUUCGGCUCGGAUGGCUGGAGGCUGUGCAAUUAAUUUUCGCAACGAUUGGAGCGUGCAUGGCUGCCUUGGGCUUUAUGAUCUUGUGUGUUGGUUGCCUAGCCACUGGAGCGACGAGACAUAAAGUAUAUCGUGCUUGGAGAUCUAGAGUUGGCGGAAGAAUCUCCUGUGCAGUUUUCAUGACCGUUACCUACAUUCUGCAAUUGGGUUGGCUUUUGAUUUUUGCUUUCAUGGUGAUCACCACUUUUGUUUUCACGACCUUCUGGAAUUUGUGUGGUAACGAACGUGUGAAAAGUUUGGAACAAUGCAUUGAUUUCUCUCAGUUCAGUUUCAUGUUUCCGAGUAAAAUACGACCGGAGGAUUUAAAAGUGUGUGGAGCACAGGAAAUGAAACUAUUCUGCAAAGAUUACGUGGAGAAGGCGGUACCAAUGUUCAUUUUGGCAACAGUAGCAGCAAUGCUGGUCGUUUUGAGUUUAAUACAUUAUUUAAUGUGCCUCUCGGCGAAUUAUGCACAUAUUCGUGAUCACGAAAAAUUCCAAGAAUUACAAGAACUUCAAUUUCUACAAGAUCCCAGUGAUCCCGAUUCUCCUCAACCAGGAAUGGGAACUUUGAGCUCGCAUCAUCGUGAUAAAGAUAGAUUUUAGGAUACGGCCCGCGAGAUCUUCAUGAAUCCCUAAUAAGCCUAAAUACUCUUCUAGGAUUUAAGGGUGAGUUGCUCUUUAGCGAUCGAUCUGUCUCUCUAUCACUCUCUACACUCUAUUAUCUCCGAUUGCGCUAUUUUUGCGAAAGUUUAAAACAAAAAAAAAACAACUAUGGGGUUGUAUGAUAUUCAAAAUGAACCAAAAAAACGAAACAAGAAAAUAAAUUAGUUAAUGUGUUUGGUUAAUACUUUUGUUAUAUCAUUCAACCAGUGGAGGAAAAAUUCAACUCCGCUCAUAGGUCGCUAAAUUGUUGCGGUGUUUUCACUAACCAGAGGAUCUUGCGGGAACACUUUUAAUGCCGUCCAUUAUUUGAGACUAUUUGAAAAGAAAUUAAUAUUCUAAAAUAAAAAUUAUAAUAUAUAUGUAUAUAAGCGCCAAUAUUUGAUAAGGUUACAUAUCGAUUUAUUCGGUAACAAUUGAACACUCACUGGCGCAAUUUGUUGCAUUUCCUAUACAAGCGCAUUUAAAUUUCAGAUUGAAUAUUGAGCAGCUUGCAUCAAUUUAUUUUUUUUACUCAGUAUUAACAGUUUCAUUGACAGAAUGACACUGAAAAAAAUUUAUUUGAUUCAAAUAACCGAUUAAUUGACUAUUAUCAAUUAAAUAUUUAAUUGAAUCAAAUAAUAUUUAUUGGAGACAAUUAAAUGCUUUAAUUCAUAUUUGAACCAAUAAUUUCAGUAUUUGAAGCAAAUAUGAAUUGAACCAUUAAAUUGACUCCAAUAAAUAUUAUUUGAUUCAAGUAAAUAUUUAAUUGAUUUAAUUGAUAAUAGUCAAUUAAUCGGAUAUUUGAAUAAAAUAAAUUUUUUUCCAGCGUAAAAUUCUUGUCCUGUUAGAAAUAACUUGAGUCCUAAACGAAAAUACAUUCCAUAGCUGAGAUUAAGAAAUCAACUUUUUCCAUUGUUUACGAUAAGUGAUAAACUGUGAGCUUACAGCGAAAACGAUACUUCGUCUAUAAAAAAAAGUCGAAAGUCUUUUUCAACGAUUCUAUAGUUUUUUAAUGUAGUAAAAAAACAAAAACUAAAUUUUUUGUGUUUGAAAAACAAAAAUCAUUUGAUAAAGAGAAUUUUAUAUAUACAUUAUUUUUUAUCUAUAGAAUAAUUUUUUAAGUGUGUCUUUUUACGUUUUUAUAUAUAUUGUUAGAACGUCACCAUUAGAUUAAGUUUCGUCGUUUAUAGCACAUUUCAAUUGUUUCGCUCAAAAAAAAAAAAUUUGACAAUAUUAAGCGCUCAAGAUUUUUUUUAAGCACAAAUUGUGCCAAAAUUUUACGGAAAAGAAAAUCUUUGAGAUUUAAGUCUAUAUGAAAAAAUUAUAUUCUUUGUAAUUGUUUGUUUUUUUCGGGCAAGUGUAAAACACUUCAAAUUUAUGAAGACUAUUUAGAUAAUAGGAAUGAAUGGUAUAAUGUUAAUUGUAGAACGAACAUAUCGAUUAUAUAAAAAAUUAUGUAUUGUUUAUUUUAAUACAUCUAUGAAAGGAUUAUUUAAAUGUUAGCAGAUGUGCGUUUAUCGCUCCCGAUACGAAUACUGUUUAUUAUUAGAUAAAUCUAUCAAGUAUCGGGACUGAUUUCUAAAAAGAACUAUAUUAUGCUUACAUAUUUAAAUUAUUGUAAGUUUACUGCAAUAAAAAUAAUUUUCUCAAAAA